AUGGACGGAAUCAUAGAAGAAGACUUUUUAGCCGUCAUAACCAUGAAGGACCAUGCGAGAGGUUGUGAUUUUAUGGACGCUCUGAAAGAAUUUGUCGAAAAGUACGGUAUACCUGUGAGUAAAUUGAUAUCAGUGUGUACUGAUGGUUGUCCGUCAAUGUUGGGUGCAAAUAAUGGUCUUAUUGCCUUAAUGAAGAGAGAAUGGAAUCUACCUAAUUUGCUGCCCAUUCACUGUUUGCUGCAUCAAGAAACCUUGGCAUGUCGAAUUUCUAAUAAUAAAUUGAACGAUGUCAUGAAUACUGUCAUAAACUUAAUCAAUUACAUUCGCGCGCGUGAACUAAAGCACCAAAAAUUUAACGACCUACUUGAGGAAUUACAAGCUAAUUAA